AUGAGUGAAUCGUGGACAUACAACACCCCGCCUGGGACGGACUCCGAUGGACCCAGAAUCACGGCCAUUGCUUUGGUUUUCACGGCUCUGUCGUUAGUCAUCAUGUCUCUACGACUAUACGUCCGCUUGGGAAUGCUGAAGGCAGCUGGGUCAGAUGACUGGGUCAUUAUAUUCACCUGGUUUGCUGCUUGCGGAUUCUCCGUUGUGAGCGUCUUGCAGACAAAAUGGGGUCUUGGACUCAAGAAGUUGUCCGACAUGCCGGAACAGAAUCUCUUUGACUUUGGUCUUCUGCAAUAUGCCGGAGCUCCAUUCUAUAUCUCGAGCAUCCUUGGGUUCAAAAUCAGUCUUCUGCUGUCCUAUCUUCGAUUUAUUCCCAAGGGUAUCUACAGAUGGUGUACGUUCGCAACCAUCGGACUGUGUAUUGCCUAUCACAUUGCUUUUCUGGUUGUUCAGCUCAAUCUUUGCACGCCGAUCGCCAAGCAAUGGGAUCCUACGAUCACGAAUGGCUCCUGUAUUCCAGGAGUUCCCUUUUACACCAGCAUGGCUGCCUUGACGAUUGUCUUCGACAUCAUUGUCAUGUUCCUUCCGUUCCCCGUUCUCGCCACCUCGAAGAUCCAGAAGCGCAAGAAGUUCGUGCUGCUCGGCCUAUUCGGUCUCGGCGCCUUCAUCACCGUAAUCCAGAUCAUCCGCAUCCAGACCGUCCACUCCCUCGCCAACUACCUCGACUCAGCGCCGCUCAUCAUGUGGUCCACCAUCGAAAACAACCUCGGAAUCAUCGUCACCUGCGUGCCGACCCUGGCACCCUUAGUCAAGUACUUCAACGAGAAGAGCAGAUCAGGGAGCAGGAGCAACAAAUACGGCGGAGCGAGCGGCUACGGACGCAGUGGCGCGACGGGCCAAGGAAACGUCGGAAGCAGAUACGCGCUGCAGAGCUGGAGACCCGGGAUGAACGGUAUGCAGCCGUUGAGCAGCGGGAUUGAUCGCAGCGAGGCGGCGGUGGACAUCGAGUCGGGCUCGAGGAGGGGAAUGGGGAAGAGUUCUGAUGACGACAGCGCGGAUUAUCACCUUGACGCGCCUGUUAUUGUGAAGAAGACGGAGUUUGUGGUCACGAGCAAUCCGAGGGAGCCGGGGCAAGCUGUUUGA